AUGCACAAUAAAAGGGAAAAAAUAGUUGUAGGUCUUUUGUCUGUGGGUAUUCUGUCCUUGUGGGUCUUCUGUCUGUGGGUCUUUUGUCUGUGGGUCUUCUGUCCUUGGGUCUUCUGUCUGUGGGUCUUCUGCGUCGACACGAAUAUAUAUUUUAAACAUGAAAAUAAUUUAAUUAUGAAGAAAUUGGAGUAAUUUGGUUUAUCUUCUUGUUAAUAAAAACUUUUGGAGUAACAUGUAUUUGUGGAGUUGGUGAAUUAUUAGAUAUUUUUUUAAAAAAUUUUUUGAUUAAAUUAAAUUCUUUUAAAUAAGCGUCUCUGUAGUCAGAACUUUAAAAUAAAAAUAAAUUUUAGCAUUAUCAUGUUUUAUACGUCCAAAUAAAUGUUUUUCAAGAGUUUCAUCAGUUUUAAAAUAUAUUAUGG